AUGCAAGAGGCCAUUCAAUUAAACCUCAAAAUUACGGAACAAAAGAAUCAAGUGACCCGCUCCGAACAGAGCAACAACGAUUACAGAGUUGUUGUUUUUGGAGCUGGUGGUGUGGGUAAAAGCUCAUUAGUAUUACGUUUUAUAAAAGGUACCUUCCGAGAAUCAUAUAUACCAACUAUAGAGGACACAUAUCGACAGGUAAUAAGUUGCAAUAAAAAUAUUUGCACUCUUCAAAUAACGGAUACUACCGGAUCACAUCAAUUUCCUGCAAUGCAACGGUUGUCGAUAACAAAAGGUCAUGCUUUUAUAUUAGUAUAUUCUGUAUGCUCAAAGCAAAGUUUGGAGGAAUUAAAACCGAUCUGGAAUCUUAUAAAGGAACUAAAGGGUCAAGAUAUUGUGAAUAUUCCUGUUAUGUUGGUAGGCAACAAAUGCGAUGAAAGUGAUGAAUUACGAACUGUAUCUGAAAUGGAGGGGAAAGCGCAGGCUGCAAGUUGGAAUAUAUCCUUUAUGGAGACAUCUGCAAAAACGAAUCACAACGUUACCGAACUAUUUCAGGAAUUGUUAAAUUUGGAAAAAACACGCACUGUAUCAUUACAAUUGGACAACAAAACCAAAAAGAAACAGAAAAAGGAGAAGAAAGCUAAAGAAAGCAAUGGCGCAAUAUCAGAAAACGGCGAAGGUAGUACAAGUGGUGCCAAAGAAAAGUGUAAAAUUAUGUAAGUAGACAGACAGACAGACAGACCACAAUAUGAGAUGAUCAUCGUCAUCAUUGUUACGAAAUACUUGUGUUGCAUAUGGUACAUAAAUGUAGUGAUGCACUAGUGAGUGAGUUUUAAAUAAUACAGUGCGUUUUGCCAAUUAUGGCGCUUUAUUUCGCCAAUAAAUAUACUCGUUUUUUUUAAUAUAAAUAUUGUUAAACAAAUAUUUUUAAUAUGAUUUAACAAAAACCCAUCUCCAAAAAUACUCGUUAAAAUGUAUAAAUUAUUAAAAUUUCUUUUUAUACAUACAAUAUACACAUAGGAAUUAAAAUCAAUAAUAAGUCAUUCUUAAUUUGCACGAUAAUAAAAGCGCUCUUAAAACAUUAAAAAGCUAAUUAAUAAUACCUACGAUCUAAACUAAAUAAUCAAAUAAUGCACCUAAUUUAAAUUUUAACUAAACGCUAUUAUAUUUUUAAUUUGUUUCAUUUUAACUUUUCAAAUUGCUUUCGAAUCGCACAAUUACUAAGACACCCAAAAAUAAAAACUCUAAAUUUAUCACUUACUAAACAGACAUAUAACAAUACACAAAACAUCUGCAAAACUCGAAAUAUUUAUAACAAUUAGAAAAUAAAAUACAUAUCAAUCAAAUUCAGUUUGCACCUUGGCCAAACUAUUAUUACAAAAUACAUACAUACUUCUAAUACUACAUAUUACCUAAUACUAUUACUUUAUAUAAUAAAUAAAUACAUACAUACUCGUAUAUAUAAACAUUAUAAAUGUUUAUGUACAUACUUCAGAGUAUGAAUAUAGUUUAAUUGAAUGUCUGCUUAUGACUAGCCUAUGAGAUUCCUAAAAUUUUAAAGAUAUUGUAAUAAAAUAUAAAUACAUACCGACUUAUUUAAAUGUAAUUAGUCCCAUUAAAACUAAGCACCAGAUAGUUAAUGCUUUAAUAUUUCUAGACAUAAUUAUUUCAAUUACAAUAAAAGUUAGUUAAAACAUCGAAAAAGUCGUUGCAAAUAUUUGUGUCGUUAUUCGUUUUUCAUAUUAAUUUUAAAACAAAUUUAGUUUUUUUCACAUUUCAAUCUUGUUACAGUUGACGACUUUAUUAUUUCGAUUGAAAAUGAUUUGACCUAUUAUAUACUUUUUGUGGCCUUUAGGUAAAAGAUUUGUGGGAAAUUUUAAACUUGUACAUUUAUUAUUUGAAAAUAUUUAUAUUGAUGUAUCUCAAUACAACUACGUUGUGGAAAAGUACAUAAACAAUUUAAUUAAAUAUAUCACUUAUUAAAUAUUUGGGAGUCUUGACCGCAAAUCGUAAUAGAAGUAUUACCUAAUUUGCAAACAAUUAUUAUAGGGUCCAUGAGUAUUAUAUGUAUGUAUUUAUAUUUAACAUGCCAUUAAAAUAAUUAAGUUAUGUUCCAUAAGUAUAUAAAAUUGAUUCGAUGUUUUAAAAUUUUCAAAUUUUAGUAAUAUUUUUUUCUUGUUGUGAGCUAUAAAACCGACCCUAAGUUGAAUUUUGGUCCAUUCUAAAACGUAUAUACAUAUGAAUUCCUUUAAAAUUUAUAUUUACCGAUUAUGCUAAUUAUAGAUGAAAUCAGUAUUCCAACUAAAAAAUUCAUAAAUUUGCUUUGAAAGGUCGAUUAUUGUGAAAGAAUACUUAUAGAGCAGGUUUUUGAGUUAGCAAUUAAAUGCCAAUUAAUAAACAUAUUAGUUAAUCUAAAAAUAAUUUUAAGCUAAUGUUAAUCCCUUUUGAUGUUUACAGUACAAGAUUAAACUUUGCAGUGUUACCGUAUAAAACAACAGAAAACGUCACUGUUUGUUAGAAGAAUACAACUCUAAAUGUAAUAUGAAAAUUAAAGAAAACUCAUUGUACUCAUCAAAAAUUAGAACAUUUUACUGUUUAUUUUUUUAAAAGUUAUUCAUUUUGUGCAUCAGCUGUUGACACCUCCAUUGGGCGCUUAAACUAACAAACAAAAUUAACUGAGUACUCAAAAACAAUCGUUCACCUAAAGAUUAGCCCUUUAAUGUCAUGUUAAGUGCAAAACAUGCAUAUAAUACCGAUUAAUUUUAAUUUCUAAUGAAAUUAUUCAUGAAGAUAUUCAUUCAUAAGAAAUUAAAAAUUGAAUAGAUUUGUUUAUGUAGUUUGCAACAGUUUUAAAAUUUAAUCAUUCUUAAGUAAUUUAGAACUUCAUAGGAAUUAAUUUAUCAAAAAGUUAAUUCAACUAUAUAGAAUCCUUAAAAAAUAUCUCUUUGAAUUAAAGUUCUGGGAAUGCAUUUGAAGAAUUGAAAUAUGUUUUAAAUCAAAUAAAAUAAAACAAAUAAUUAGAUAAUUAAUUCUAAUUAUUUGUGAGUAAGGAACCAUUUUUAAUGUCCUUUUUUUAUAAUAAAGUUAUUUUCACCAGCUGUAAAAACACUAUAUUAAUGUUUAAAAUAUUGUUUGUUAAAAAUAUUAUAAAACUAAUUUUGACCGCAAUGUAUAACGUGAUUUAGCUGUAAAUCUAUUUAUUUAACGUUAAACUAAAUUUUUUUUCUUAAGGGACUCAGAUUGACCUUAUGUAUGUAUAAUUUACAAAAUUUUAAUAUUCCAACGUUCUUCUAUCAAAAACGAUAACACUAUUAAACAAAAUGUUUGAGACCACAUUAAAAUUAUUAUUUUAUGGGGUAUAUGCUCAAAUUGUUUAAGGAAAUUUUUAAAACAAAGCAAGCAAAUUAUGAAAAAAAAAGAUUUGAUAAAAAUAUUAACUUUGAAAAAACCUUUUGCCAGUAACCAUGACUACGUAAGAGUAAUAUUAGAAUUAAUAUUACUUUAGUAUAAAAGUUAAAACAUAUACAUAUACUUUUCGAUUUAACUUAGUAGCAAUGGAUUCAGAAUAUAAAUAGGGAUUGUAUCAACAUAAUAUUUUACCAAAAAAUAUUUCAUCAAUAUAAAGAUUUUUCCAAAAACUUUUGAAAUUGUGAGCGAUACAUUCUAAUUAAUCAUCGUUUGUGUUACUGUGCCUUACAUUGGAUACACUUAUUACAAAUGUUUGUAUUCCAAACAAGGUUUUUGUAUAAAAAUGCAAUAAAAAUAUUAUUCCAAUUACUUAGUUCUUUUGUUGUCCUAACUACUAUAUGUGUUUAUUCAAACCGCGCCUAUUAUGUAUGUGUUUUAAGUCACACAAAAAUAAAAAAACAUGUAUAAUAGAAUUACUUAUAUUAAAAUGAAAACCAUUGUUUGCUGAACAAUUUACCAAAAGUAAUAUUUAAAGAAAACAUAUUUUUUAAGAAUAAUUAGGCAGAAAUAAAAUAUUUAUUAAAAAAAACAUAUACAUACAUACAUAUAUACAUACAUACAUAUAUACAUACAUAUAUACAUACAAACAUACAUAAAGUAAGAUUGUUAAAUUUUAAUUUUUUGCUUUUUAUUGGAGUUAUUUUUCUAGAAAUUAGUUAGUAUUAAUUGUUAGAAACUUUAUUUUGUAAGUAUAAAAAAGCUUUAAUUACUACAACAUCAUAAACACUUACUAUGUUCUAAUAAAUAUAUUAAAUUUUAAAUAAUUAGAUUUAUAAUGUUAUGCUAUGUAUACACGGUUGUUAGAUCUUACAACGUUGGCAUUAAAAUGUGCAGCAAAUGUCUAAUAACACUGUCAACUUACAAAUUUUGUUUUGCAAUAUUGUCAGUGAUGUUUUUUCCAAAUUACGUUGCAAAAGAAAAAAUGUAAGUUGAGACGAUUGUUAGAUACUGACAACGUUGUAAGAUCUGACAACUGUGUAUCACGGCUUUUAGUAUGUACUUAAUUUGUUUAAUAUUAUACAAUUUCACAAACAUUUCCUAAAGAAUAAAAAUGUGUCAAGCAAACUUAUUAAUUCAGUGGGCCAUAUUUUGCUUAAACCUAAACUAACUCAAAUUUUCUUGUUUUUUAAAUUUUUUAAUAAAAAUUCGUGCUUUUUUAAUAAUUCAGAUUUCUCUAUUUUUUAUUUCAUUUAUUUGUAAUACAAAGCCUAUAAUGGCCAAAUUAUUGAGAUUCGAUUGAGACAAAUUUUUUGAUAUAUUCCAAUUCGGUUUAUAGCAAGAGCCCAUAUUAUAAAAAACUAAAAUCAUUAGACUCGAGCACAAUAAAAUCAUCAACUCCAAACUACUUACACUACACAGUUAAAAAAACAUUUGUAUUUAUUAUUUAAUGCUCAGUUUCGUUAAUAAUUAUUUGUAUUAUUUCUGCACGUGUCUAUUAAAAAAAAAACAAUUCGAUAGAGGACCAAUAUUUUAAAUAAGA